GCGCGGCAAAGCAAAACGUUCAACUUUUCCACUGUUUUCCUGCAUUUCCCCGUGAUCGUUCGGGAUCGUUUAUCUAUUUUUUUGUAUUCAAUUUUUGUGUGUUACGUGUCGUCCAGUCAAGUUCCGUUGCCAGUUUGAUUGUGUAUUUGUGAUGGUUUUUUAAAUUGUGCAUUGAACAAAUCUGGCAAACAAAUCGAAUCCAGCGCCAUGGAAGCUUACCUAAAGAAGCACUACGCGCAGGAAAUCACCGAUCUGCUAAACAACUCCGAUGACUUGCAGCACGUGUCCAUACAUGUGAACCUUACGCAGCUGCAGCGCGAACAGCCGCAACUGUUUGCACGCAUCUUUCAGGACACGCAGGCAGAACUGGCCCGCUGGAACGAAUGUUUGCUCCGUGCGCAAAAGUCGCUGAUCGAAGGCAAUCUCUUCCUCGAUCCGGGCUUCCAAGUCAAGGAAAACUGCCACGUGCGCUUCGUCAAUGUGCCGGUGUCGCCGGCCGAGCUGCGGAAGACGGCCUACCCGAACAACGACAGCGUGGGACAGUUUCUGCAGGUGAAGGGCAGCGUGAUACGCAUGUCCUCGAGCCGGUUUCUGGAGUACAGGCGCGAGUACGCCUGCUCGCGCUGCAAGCAGAAGGUGGUGAUCGAGGCGGAGUACUGCAAAUCGUACGUGUUCGAACCGCCCGGACCGUGCCCGAAUGCUCGCGAGGCCGGCUGCCGUGGACAGCUGCAGCCAGUGUCGGCCCAACCGCAGCCGGACCUGUGCCGCGACUAUCAGGAGAUCCGCAUCCAGGAGAUUAUGAGCGAACGGAACGUGCCGGCAUCGCUGGUGGUGACGCUCGAGGAUGAUCUCGUGGACAGCUGCCAGCCGGGAGAUUGCGUGACCGUGUGCGGUCCGAUCGAGCACCGGUGGAAGCCGCCCACCGUUGGCCGCCGGACCGAGGUGACGAUAGCGAUGCGAGCAAACAGUGUGGCGCGGGAGGAAAGCAAAGCAAGCUGGGCCAAAGAUUUGCCCGAACACCUGCUGUGCGUUCCGGCCGAGUGGCAGGAGGUGCUGCGCGAGAUCGGUGAGCUUGCCGCGCGCGAUCUGCUGGUGCAAUCGAUCGCACCCGCCAUCCGUGGCAUGUAUCCGGUAAAGCUGGCCAUCGCACUAGCGUUGGCCUCCUGCACGGAAAGGGUGGGCGAUGGGGAGCAACAGGCGACGGUACGCGGACACUCCCAUCUGUUGCUGGUCGGCGAUCCGGGGCUAGCCAAAUCGCAGCUGCUCAAGUACGCGUCCGAAAUUGCCAGCCGGGCCGUGUACACCACCGGCAUGGGCUGCUCCUCGGCGGGCUUAACGGCGGCCGCGGUGAAGGACGAAGGCGAAUGGCAGCUGGAGGCCGGUGCGCUCGUUCUGGCCGACGGUGGUAUCUGCUGUAUCGACGAGUUUAAUCUGAUGCGCGAAACGGAUAAGGCAUCGAUUCACGAAGCGAUGGAGCAGCAAACGAUCAGCGUGGCAAAGGCGGGCAUGGUUUGCAAGCUGAGCACGCGGUGCGUCGUGCUGGCCGCGACCAAUCCCAAAAAUCUCUACACCAUGUCCGACGGGCUGGGCAAGUCGGCGGAAAACAUCGGCAUCGGCGGCCCGCUGCUGUCCCGCUUCGAUAUGGUGAUGAUCCUGAAGGACGUCCGGGCCGCCGAUUGGGACGCGGACAUUGCCAACCAUCUGCUCGCGCAGGCCCUGCUGGACGAGGAGCGGGAGUGUUUCGAGGGGGAGGGCAACCGAACGGAUCGGGUCGCACACUGGGAGCUGGAGAAGCUGCAGCUACACUUUGCCGCCAUCAAGGACUUUCAUCCGCGCGUCUCGCCCGAAGCGAACGUGAUUCUCGGUGCGUACUAUAAGGCGUGUCGGUCGGAUCCGUACCGUGAUCCUACGCGCACGACCGUUCGGCUGCUGGACAGUUUGUUCCGUUUGGCGCAGGCACACGCGCGGCUGCUGCUGCGCAAUGAGGUUACACCGAUCGAUGCGAUCACGAUCAUUCAGCUGAUGGAGGCCAGCUGGGGCUUUGGCAAAAUCGGCAUACCGACGUACGAUCUGAUAAAGGCGCAGCUGCCCCUUGGACCGGAGCAAGGCACCAUCGAUCGACUGCUGGAUGUGCUAAAUCUGCAUGGUGUGGUGCAGGAUACCGUCACGGUGCGGCCGAUCGAUCCCAACAUACUGCGACGCUAUCAUCGUGAACUGAUCGAAAAGCAAAAGAGGAAGCAGCUAAUAGAGCAGCGGGAGCAGAGUACUGAUACUGGACGGAUAGUUUCGGAUGGCGAUGAUCGAAGUCAGCAAACGGUUUCGUCUACGUUGACCACGGUUGAUGACUUUCGGGAGCAGCAGAUGAAGACUGUACCGCAGGUACCGCCGACCAGUUCGAAGUACGCGCUCAACCCCAAGGCAAACUUCAAAAAGCUCCGCAAACAGACGACGGCGAAAGCAACAUCCGAAGCAAACUCGGAAGAUUCUACCUCUCGAGGAGCUAGAAAACGCAAACGUGCAACGAAUGAGGUUGAGGAGGAUUUGACGCUGAAGGCACCGUUAGACGAUGCAGCACUAGGGAACUUACUUGGUUCGUUGAGAAAAAGUUUCGGUGCCUCCGAAGCGCAAGAUCCAGCAGCUUCAGCUACCGAAAUGGCAAAGACACAAACGCAAAGUAAAGAUCUUUCGUUUAGUGCUCUACUGGAUACGAGUCAAAUAUUUGAGGACGAUGAUGAUGACUUCGAGGAUGCAACUAUGAAAUCAUCUUCCCGUCCCAUUCAAUCACUGCUCGAAAAAACGAUUGUAAUGGAAAGGAAAGAACCAAAGGAUCAUGCGCACGAUGUUUCGAGCUUCGCCUUAUCCAAGCCUGAAAGUAGCAGUCAGCGUGUUUCUACGCACCAAACAGAGCGCACGGUUCCCAAUGGAAAUGCUUCGUUCAGUGCUCUUUUAGAGCAAGCAAACUCUAGCAGAACGUUGGACGAAACCAUUGAAUUCGAUGAUGAGGAGUUGUUCGUUGCGUCAGAGACAAGGAAGAGAGUAGCAAAUGAUCGUCCACCGCUAGACGACACUGUGCCGAACACGAUCAGCGCAACGAGCGUUAGCAGUAGUAGCUUUGGGACUAGUCGCACACAGGAAGAAGAUCCCUCUAACGUCCACUCUUUGUAUCAAUUAAAACGGCCGAGUCAGCGCCGGUUGCCCACAGCCAGCCAGCGAACGACCCAUAUGACGCAGCUUACUGAGCAGGAUACAGAGGAUCUGCUUAACUUCGAAAUCGAACCUUCCGGUGAGUUUGCACUGCUGAGCGAAUCUGCUGAUGUGUCCGAUGCGCCUCCGACUCCUUGCGUGCCGGGAGUACGAACACAAGCGCGCCAAAAGCUUCAACAGUUUGAAUUUCAACCUAAGCGUGAGGCACGCCCGGUGGACGAUGACAGUGCGUACGAUUCGAUGGUUCGUGAUGGAACGGUUAGGCAACAGGAGCGUGGCACCCAGCAGCAGGAGCAGCAGCACUGUACUACCUCCCAGUACAGUGGGCUAGCCGAUGAGGAUGUGGAGCUUAAUCUAUCCGACAUUGAACUGUAAAGUAACGAUGGGCUGUGAUAUUUAUU